CUCGACGCGGUAACAGAGAAGGACUCAGUCAUGACUCGACUCGCACAUUCUUCAUCUUCUUCCAUUGACCGCCGGCUUUUCUGUCUCUUUCCAGACAUUCUCAUUUUCCGCCAAAUUGGAAUCCGUGUCUCUUAUUUCAACAUAACUUCAAUCGAAAGAAUUGUAAACAGCAAUCCUCUCUUUGUCUUUCUUUGUUUGUGGUAUUCAGUCCAAAUCUCUCGUCCAAGACGACGCGUGUUGAAGGUUAGAGUACAGAGAUGGGAGGAGUGAUGGACGAAGGAGGGAUAGGGAAACAGUUAUGGAUCAAGUCCAGGAACGACUUGGUGUUCGCUAAGUACACGCCUUUCUUCGUCUGUUUGGCCUCCGGUCACUUGGACUCUCGUACCCUCCGCCAUUGCAUCUCCCAAGAACCCUACUUGCUCAAAGCCUUCGCUCACGCGUAUAAAUUGGCGGAAGAAUGUGCAGACGAUGAGGAGGACAAGAGUUCCAUACGCAUGUUGAGGAAACGUGUCAAGGAUAGACUCCAAAUUCACGAUGCGCUUGUUCUUGAAUGGGGCUUUAAAGUCCCAGAAGAGAGCACUUGUGACCAAACAACAGCUAAAUACACUGAGUUUUUACUGGCGACUGCGUUGGGGAAAGCUGAAGAAGGAAAGAUUCUGGGUAGUAUUGCAACUCCUUUUGAGAAGACAAAAAUUGCAGCUUAUACGCUUGCUGCUAUUGCUCCUUGCAUAAGACUUUAUGCCACUAUAAGUAAAGAGAUACAGUGUCUUAUUGAUCCUGAUGAUGGAAGCCAAAACUACAAAAAGUGGGUGGACAAUUGUUGCUCUCAAAAUUUAGAGGUAUCAGUUUCGCACAUUGAAGACGUGCUUGACAGGUUAAGCGUCUCUUUGACAGGUGAAGAGCUUGAAGUAAUCCAAAAGCUCUAUCAUCAAGCUAUGAAACUUCAAGUAGAGUUUUUCACUGCUCAACCACUGGUCCAGAAAACGAUAGUCCCCUUGUCUCGGGUGCAUGGCAAUGCCGGAUGUUGCCUUUCAAUUUUUUGUGAUUUUGACUUGACGUGCACCACAGUUGACUCCUCUGCCAUUUUGGCAGAGCUUGCUCUUAUAACUGCACUAAAGGUUGAUCCUGAUGUAUCUGUAGCACAACUGGCUCGGAUGCCAUCAGCUGAAUUGAGGAGGACAUGGGAUUUUCUUUCAGUCCAGUAUGCUGAAGAGUAUGAUCAAUGCAUCGAAAGCAUCUUACUCCUUGGAAAAGUUGAAAAUUUUAGUAAUGAACUUCUGUAUCAAGCCUUCCAACAACUCACAGAUUUUGAGAAACUCGCAAAUACAAGAGUGGUUCAGUCAGGCGUGCUGAAGGGUUUAAAUCUAGAGGAUAUAAAACGGGCUGGCCAUCUUCUUGGUCUUCACGAUGGUUGCAAAGGAUUCUUCCAAAAAGUUGUGGACAAUGAAGAUCUAAAAACAGAUAUCCAUGUGCUAUCUUACUGUUGGUGCGGUGAUCUCAUUAGGUCGGCUUUUGCUUCAGGUGAUCUAUCUAGUUUGAAAGUACAUUCAAAUGAGCUGGCAUUCGAAGAAUCCACUUCCACAGGUGAAAUAAUCAAGAAGGUGGAAUCUCCCUUGGAGAAGCUUCAGGUCUUCAAAGACGUUUUGAAGGACCGUGGCAAUUCUGAGCAGCACCUGACAAUUUAUAUUGGAGGUUCAGUGGGAGAUUUACUUUGCCUUCUUGAGGCAGAUAUUGGCAUUGUGAUUGGUCCGAGUCCAAGCCUUAUGAGUCUUGGACGUCAGUUUGGUGUCUCUUUUGUUCCAUUAUUCCCUGGUCUAGUGAAGAAGCAGAGAGAACUAGUUGGAAGUGGCUCGCCUAAUUGGAAACCGCUGUCUGGGGUUCUUUACACAGUCUCCACUUGGUCUGAAAUACAUGCAUUCAUUCUCGGGUCAUAACUUCGUCUAUCUCGCUGUCCCGCAGUCCUGCUCAUUCUCCAAUCUUAUUGAUUCCUUUAACAAACCAUAAGGGGGAGUUCAUAAAAUGUGUGAUGUAUAGAAUGCAAACGGUGGCUAAUUUUACAUGAUGGCCAUGGAUCAGCCCUUAAUUCCUUUUUUUCCUAUGGGGACUGCAUCCAAAUAUACAGGUAUGUGGUAGUUGGUAUUUGUGUUUCCACAUUCCAUUGUUUGGUUUCACCAAGAGUGAUAAUUUUGUUUCUGCUUCAAUUUAUGGCAGACAUUUUUCUUUUAUCUUUUUCCAAUUUGUGUUUUCUCAGAGUACUGUUCAUCAAUUGUAUAUGAGGGAAGCUCCUGUUUGUACUA